AUGGGAAACGCUUCUUCUGUACAAGACAUAAAACUUGGGGAUAAAAUUGGCGAUGGUGCGUAUGGAGAGGUUUUUAAAGCUGUGUGGAGUGGAAAGCAAGUCGCUGCCAAACGAAUUCGCGCGGUAUUCUUCGAAGGCGAUUACGACGGAAGCAUCAGAGCAGCGUUCUUGGAGAAGUUUAAAUCAGAAUGGGAGCUUCUCAGCAGUCUUAAACACCCUAAUAUUGUACAGUAUUACACAGUGAUCCUACCUCCUACCCCAGAGACACCGAUCAUCGUCACCGAGCUGUUAUCAUGCGACUUGGCCAAACACAUUCGGGAUUCGCAAAGCAAACCGAAAGUGUCUUUCUCGGAAGUGGUGAAAAUUAUGUUGGACGUUGCCGAAGCUCUGCAGUAUCUUCAUUCACAAAAGCCUCCGAUCGUCCAUCGCGAUUUGGCAAGCAAGAAUGUUUUGCUAACAAAGUCGCUACACGCAAAGAUCGCUGAUUUGGGUUUGGCGAAGGUUUUCCCUCACGGUGCUAUGUAUGCCACAGCCAUGCCGGGUACCCCGGUCUAUGCCGCCCCAGAAACUUAUCCCAAGAAAAUGGGAAGAACACAGAAAGGAAAUAAAGCAAUCUACACGGAGAAAAUCGACAUAUUCUCCUUCGGCGCUCUUAUGUUGGAGACGAUUAUUGGUCAUCUACCUGAACGCAUUCUACCCGAUCCGGUUCUUGAAGGUCAGUAUUUUGUUAAUAGAUUUGUCAUCAGACAUGCAUUUAAUUUAGAUUUCAAUUGUCGUAGUGAUCGAUUACUAUACAAGUAACGUAAUUAUAGGCGAAAUAUAGGUUUGACUGCUUCUGUUUUGUUACGCAUUUGAUAUGCUUAACGCUGUGGUCCCUCUACUCAAUCACAAAGUCCUUCAGUUCGUAGUCGUGCGGUUGUUUUACGGCUCACUUAACGACCUUAACGUAAUAAAGUUCGCUUCCCAUACUUUAGGAUUACUUAAAAAAAUACAAGUCUGGGUGGUCUUCCCAGCCGUUUCUUAGUGGAAGGUGAAAAGUGUUCCGAGAAAAAAUGUCACACAAAAAAAGGUCACGUAAUUCACCACCUUUAAAAGUAAAACUACUGGCUUCUGGCUCAGUGAUCGACCUUUUCAUGGAUGCUCAAUCCAGACACCUCAGUUGCUGAAAGCAUUUAUAAUUUUAGAUCGCCUCUGUUUGCCUUUGCUGACUUCCCUUAGUAUCUUGCUAUCUUUCCUAAAAAAUGAGCUUUUUUCAUUAUUUGACUUAUUUAGCCUGGUGUCUCGUGCAUGACGCAGCACUUGACAUGGCGGCGUUUUCCUACCGUCGAGCUCCAUCACUUAAGUAAGAUUCUAAGAAAUCGGUAGAGAAGGUUCAUCCAGGAAAUCCAUAAUAUUCACUCAUCACAAAAGAGUCUAACCCAAAUAAGGGAAUCCGGAUUCUGGAAUCCUUGAAAUUUUUCUUUGUGGAAUCUGUCAUCCCGGGCUUUGGACUCGGGAAUACAGCUCAGGGAAUCCGGAAUCCCACUAGCGAACGGAAUCUAGAAUCCUAGUCCCACUGACAAAGACUGGAUUCCAGUACCAGGGAUCCGGUACCCUGGGUGCCAGAUUAAGGUGCCAGAGACUUUUCUAGCGCGGUUUCCGGUUUCGGUCAAGUCUUUAUAGUGACCCGAGUUUUUUCUCGCGGCUUCGGCCUACGGCCGAAGAUGUGUCAGCCUUCGGCCAACACCGAAAAUUCCCGCCCCUCGCGAGAAAAACCUCUGGUACCCAGGGCAGGGAUCUGGAAUCCACGGAGUGGAAUCCAGAAUCCAAGAUGGUCUUGGAUUCCCUAACAUUAGGCGAACUGAACGUUUUCCGAUGCAAAAGGUGCAAUGAACCAGUGAUUUGACUUGGUCUGAUUUGAUUCGAUGAGACUCCAUCUCCAUCAUCCAGGACGUAUGGAGUAACCUCUAUCAACCUGGGCACAUCAGAGUGAAGGGGAAGGUGGUUUUGGGCUAGCUUAGGGAGCUAAUAUUAUUACCCAUACAGAUAUCACUUAAAGUAGUGAGUAAAAAAAUAGUUUAUGCAGGAAAAACAAACUGUUAUGUUGUGUUGGAGAGAGUUUUCAAUUUUAACAUAUUUACCUAAUUGUAAUCACUAUAAGAGCUCUUUUAAGAAGUACUGAAAUAGGCAAAAAAAUUGUUCCCGGGAAUUGGUUACCUGUUUCAGUAUCUGUUACUACUUUGGAUCAAAUAAAUCUUGAGCCAGGCCAUUUGUCCAAACCCGUAUAUUUCACCUGUUCACACGGGGGUUACACCACAUCCGGGUCGCCUCCGCACACCUGUAAUGACACAAAUAGAUGCUGUUCCUCUCAAAGUGUGAUGCGUUUCUUUUUGUGUAGAUGGAGAGAUUGUUCCAGAGUACAUUCGCCGAAGCGAGGACCUGGAGGAGAUGGGACCGGAUCACCCACUACAUAAUCUCGUAUGCCAGUGCUUUGAAAACAUCCCUGAGAAAAGACCCAGUGCUACUGAAAUCAUUAACACCCUUAUGAAAUUUACCAAAGAAAUAAAAGGAAAACUUCCUAGAAAGGCCACUGGGGAAAGAGUUGGGGCUAUGUCAAAUAUCCAGUACGACCACAAGUUUAAGGUUCUGGUUUUAGGCGAAUCCGGCGUUGGCAAGACGUCCAUAGUGGCUCGAUUCCUUGAUGCUCAUAGUUCGUUUCCUGACAACCCUUUUCCAAGCACCUUGGAAUCUGAGGAUCACUUCGAGCGUCUGCGAUUUCGCGACAAGUCAGUACAUCUUCACUUGGUCGAUGUUGGAGGGAACAGGUUCAGCCCAGCAGCCAACUUUGCCCCGCAGAUCUUCCGCAAGGUCCGGGGUGUGGUCAUUGUUUUUGAUCUCACCUCACAAGUGUCUUUCUUGGAAGUUUCCACGUGGCUGGAAACCGUGAAGAAAGCCUGCCAUGUGGGAAUACCCGUGGUACUGGUUGGAAACAAGAAUGACGACUUGGACAGGUGGGUUGAUGGGCGGACGGUGGAGAACUUUGUCCUGAAAGAGAAAUUGUUUUACAUUGAGGCCAGUGCAAAAACUCGAGAGAACAUUGACGAAAUCUUUUCUGUUCUUAUUGGUUUAAUGAUUGAGAAUGAAAAUCAGCUGGAAUCUUCUGAUGGAAGCACGCUUCUUGACUCUCUGCGGAGAACAUUACCUGAGGGCGAAAGAAUCGAGCAGAGCUUAAUUGCUGAAAGACAGAGAAGCCCUCGGCACGAAGUUCUUGAUCCUGGGGUUAUAGUGUUGGAGGACACGAAUGCUUCCGAUAGCAAAACCGGAAACAAUAGUGCAGGUGAAAAAGCUGAAGAUGACGGUAUCAAAAGCAAGAAACGACACUGGUGUUGCUUAGUAAACUAA